AUGGCUACAAAUAAAGUGGUUGCUGAAGCCCAAAAGCUGGAGUCCUGUAGGACAACAGGGGAAGGAGACGCUCCUGUUCAUAUAAAGAUAUUACAGGUUCCAGUUAAGUGUGGACCCCUGAUGGCUGCACCCAAAGACCUCCCGGCUGGCCUUGGCCACCAUCCUGCCCCCUCCACAGUCACGGCCCCAGGCCCUCAGACGUCCUCUCCCUCUGUCAAGGUAGUAGCUACGAUGGCUACCCCUGGAAGGGUGAGUGUCAAUGGGCAACCACAGGCAGCCAAAGCAGCUGUGAGCCAGGUGGCCUCCAUGAACCCGAGCACAACUCCAGGAAGGACGGUGAUGAUAACUGUGCCGAGGCCAGCCAAUCCACAGCCAGUGACUGUGGCCCCUCGGCUGCAGCAGACUGCUUCCACACAGCUGCCAGCUAAUAUCCAGAUACCACCAGGUAUGAUGCUGAUUUCCAGUGACAGGGGUCAGCUGAUGCUGGUAUCCCAGCAGGCUUUGGCACAGGCUCAGCAUGGACCAAGAGUUGGCAGUGGUCAAGCGGCCAGAAUCCUGACCCCCCAGGUAUCUGCAGCAGCUGCCAGUAAAAGCAACAAGAAGGUGACAGUGAUCAGAAUGGCAGCUUCUCCCAGUUUCCAGCCAGCAUCAGUACAGAAGGCAGCUGUGGUGAAGGUGAUCGGUGUCGCUCCUAAACCAGCUGUGGUGCAGACCCUCAGUACUGUGACUGAUCAGGGGGGGCAGAGUCACUUUCAGACUGUUGUCACAGACACCAAAAAGGAGCCUCCACCCACAUUUAGUCAGGAGACUCUUGAAAGUGUGAAGAAGUGCAAAAACUUCCUGGUGACUCUGAUCAAGCUGGCAUCCAGUGACUCCAGGUCGGCCAACAUGGCGAACAACGUGAGAGGACUGGUCAGGAGUCUGCUGGAAGGGAAGUUAGAAGCAGAGGAGUUUACAGAGCAGCUCUAUAAGGAGUUGAAGUCGACACCACAACCCUGCUUGGUGCCUUUUCUCAAGAAAAGUCUUCCUUCAGUGCGCCGCCUUACUGCAGACCCCCAGUUAUUUAUCCAACAGGCUUCAACUUCUACUCGCAAUCCCUACAUGAAGCAAUCCAACACUGACACAGGACAAACCCUCAAGGCCAGCCAGCAGGUGAUACAGCAGCCCAGAGGAGUGACUGUGAGACCUGAGCUGACCAUGUUAGCCCAGUCCAGAACCUACAUGUCCAAGAGUAGCAGACCUACACCCAAACACACACUGGUUCAGACAGGGAGACACUUCACAGGAACUUUUCCUUUUGCUCAAGAUUCAUCACGUUCCACCAAAUUUGCAUUCAAGGACAGUUCAGGAUCUUACAGGGAAGAUGAUGACAUUAAUGAUGUGGCCUCCAUGGCUGGAGUCAACCUGAGAGAGGAGAACGCACAGAUCCUGACCACCAUGGUUGGCUCUGUGGUGCAGUCAUGUCAGGAUCAGCCCUUCCUCUCUCCUAACCCGGUGCUCAGUCGAAUCCUCCACACAGGACAGGCACUGGGAGUGACUGAUGUUGGUCCAGAGGUGGUGACUCUGGUGUCUCAUGCUACUCAGGAGUAUCUGCGCGGGAUGCUGGAGAAGCUCACUGUGAUGGCAGAACACCGAAAGGCAGCCCUGAAGGAGGACCUGCGGCAUACCAAAGUGAGUGAUGUGCGCUCUCAGCUUCGUUUCCUGGAGGAAGUGGAGAGUUUAAAGAAGAGGAGGAAGGAUAAAGAGGAGAAGGAGAGGCUGUUGCGUUUGGCCAAGAGUCGCUCACACACUGAAGAUCCACAGCAUCAGCAGCUCAAGCAACGGGCCAAAGAGCUGCAACAGAUAGAAGAUGCUCAGCUGCAGCAGCAAGAGGCCAACCUCACCGCGCUGGCUGCCAUCGGGCCUCGCAAGAAGAGACCUCUGGAUCAGAUGGACAGCCAGGUGUCUCUGCUGCCCAGGCAGGGUGUUCACAGAGUGACUCGCAUCAUGCUGAGGGAUCUGAUGGUGUAUAUGGAGCAGGAUCACUUUCUCCGCCACUCUCUCACUCUGUACAAAGCAAUGCUCUGA